AUGAGCGAGAUUCUGACGCGGUCCAAGCGACAUUUGUGGCUGUCAGCUGAGCCCGAGAAUUACGUCCCUAACCCUAUCGCCCGCGUGUCCGAGCACUGGAACAGCGACAUCAUUCUCAGAAGCCCUAGGAACAUCACUCUGAACGUCAACAUCCGAGUCGGUGGGAAAGCCCCUAAUUCGACCCUCAACAUGACCUUCUCGGCAGGCAAGUGUGGUCGGCUCAUUGGCUUACGGGGUCUCAUAGCGGCGAAGGGCUCGCGAGACGCGAGUCUGCUCGAUGCAGCGGUCCGCAAUCAUACCAGUCUCCUGCGUCUCGUCAGUGAUCUCUGCAAGGUGACUUUCCGGUUGGAAGAAGACGGACACGUUGCCAAUCUGACCAUCGCACCAACAAAGAUCGACACGUCUUGCGUGUUUCCUGAGACCCAAUACGGGACUUGGUACUAUAGGAACAUAUUGAGGGGCAACCAGGAGAUGUACAUGGUCGAGGUCAAUAUUGAGCUUUAA